UGAAACCGGCUGCUGCAUGCAAACGCUCCUUCAGACAUAGUGGCUCUCUCUACCUAUGCAGAGGUAUUGAGGAUCUCGGAGCCUGAAAAACAAACCAUCUAUCCACAGCACCUUGUCCAGAAACAUCGUGAAUGUGUACAAAACAGAGCCAGCCUCCUGAAGCGGUUCACCCAGUCCGGUUCUGUCCUUUCAGGGGAUGGCCCGGGUCCAGGAUGGGCACACAGAGGAAUAUGACAGCUCUGUGAUGUUAGAGGACAGUCAGGAUGGCAUGGACAGUGGUAGCCUGACUCCUGGCUCAGCUCGACAGGUCUGCAUCCAGCGCCAUCCAAGCCACGGCUUUGGUUUCAUUGCCGGCAGCGAACGGCCUGUCGUUGUUCGCUCUGUCUCAGCGGACGGACCAUCAAGUGGCAAGCUUUACCCCGGAGAUCAGAUCCUAGCCAUCAACCAGGAACUCGUGAGUGACGCUCCCCGGGAGAAAGUCAUAGACCUUGUAAGGCGGUGCAAGGAUUCGAUUGUUCUCACUGUGCUGCAACCACAACAGUCACCUAAGUCUGCCUUCAUAAGUGCAGCCAAGAAAGCUCGUCUGCGAACCAAUCCCCCCAAAGUGCGCUUUUCUGAGCAAGUGUCCAUCAGCGACCCAGACUCAACCAUGCUUAAAGACGAGUCUCUGCUUCUGAUACCAAAUGUGUUGAAGGUGUUUCUGGAAAAUGGACAGAUCAAAUCCUUUACAUUUGACAGCCGCACCACUGUUAGGGAUGUGAUAUCAUCGCUGCAGGAUCGCCUUUCUCUACGCUACAUUGAGCAUUUUGCUUUGGUGCUGGAGUCCGGUGGACUGGCCCAGAAUCAGAGGCUGCAUCUGCUCCAGGAAAACCAGCCACUGGCUCAUGUAGUUCACAGGACCUAUUUCCAAGGAAUGAAAUGUCUUUUCCGUAUUUGCUUCUUCCCAAAGGACCCUGCUGACUUACUGAGGAGAGACCCCGCAGCAUUUGAGUACCUCUACAUACAGAGCCGCAAUGACGUCAUUAAAGAGCGAUAUGGAAUGGAUUGGAAGUCCGACGUUACACUUAGGUUGGCAGCCCUUCACAUCUACAUCACUGUGUCCAUUGCGAGACCCAAUCAGAAGAUUUCUCUAAAGCACGUUGAGAAAGAAUGGGGUUUGGAACCUUUCCUUCCUUUGACUCUGUUGCCAACCGUCAAGGAGAAAAACGUCUGCAAGACUCUCUCACAGCUGUUGAAGACAUAUCAGCAUCCUCCACCAGCUGGUAACAAGGUUUCUUCUAUUCAAGGAAAACUACAGUAUAUGCGUGUCUUGAAUGACCUCCCGCCAUUUGGAGGCUUCUUGUUUCACACAGUUGGCUUGGAUGAGAAGCAGUCAGCCACUACAUUGUUGGUUGGGCCGAGACACGGUAUCAGUCAUGUAAUUGACCUGAAGAACAACCUAACAACUGUCUUAGCAGAGUUCAGCCGCGUGGCCAAAGUCCAGCUCUUUAGAGAGCAUCAUGGGGUAGCCCGUGUUGAAGUUGUUAUUCUGGAAGCAAAGCCCUUGGUCUUGUUAAUGGAGUGGCCAGAUGCAUCAAACUUUGCCUGUUUGAUCUCUGGCUAUUACAAGCUAUUUGUGGACCCUAAAAGGACAAUCUACUGCAGGAUACCUGGUCAGCCUUAUAUGAUCAAGGCAGAUUCCAGAAGCUCCCAUGCCCAAUUCCGCUCCGGAGCCACUGUGUUAAGUGGGAGUCGUCGCGAAGAGAGAGAGGGGGCGUCCAGAGAGGCAACACAGAAGACGUCAGCAUCACCCAUAUCUCAGCACCUUGGCCUGUGUCACAUCCAUUUAAAAGAGCAACAACAGAUGCAAGAGCUUCAGAUACAAGCAGAGCAGGAGCUUGACAUUAAUGAGAACCUUAUCUCACAGGUACAGAGUCGCUCGCGCACAAAGUCUGACCCCACUCUAAAGAGCACUGAAUCCGUGCCUGAAGAAGAUGGUCCCACUGAUGACAGUUCAAGCUUCAGGAACAGAGCGAAAACAAUGGAGCCUAAACAGAGGGUUUUCUGUGACUCCUGCAAGGCAAAACUCCAAGCUGAAGGUUUGAUUUCGGACACUGGGGAGGCUGGAAGACUCAUUUUGCAGCAGUGCAAAAAUGCAUGUGCUACUCGUGAAGGAGGUGCUGUUGAUCUCAUUGCCUUACCACUACCUGGGAAUGAGGAAGAUGAAGAGCUAGAUGAUGGAGGAGGAAAGUUGCAGCCUCCCCCUCCUGGCAUAGCAGCUCCACCCCCAGGGUUUCGUGAUAACAGCUCUGAUGAAGAUGACCCGAAAAAGGGUCGGAAAGGAAUCAAAGCCUCUGCUGCUGUGGCAAAGGGUCAAGAGGAAGUUCCUAUAACACUGAUUGAUAAUGUGACCACUAGGACAGUUCAAGACCAUGCUCAGGAGUUAGAUGAUGCAUUAGUAUCCACCCUCCAGGCACUGGAAGCACUAGCUGCAUCGGAGGAUUACCCACACCAUCACCAGCAGACACCACAGACAGCAGGGUUGAUUGUGCUUGCUGCCAUAACCCCUGAAUCAUCCCUAGACUCUGGACAUGAGACAAAUUCAUCAGAGCUAACUGAUGUGUCUGAGAUGGUGUCUGCCAUGAAGCAGCAUCAGAACCAGGCAUAUCUAUUUGCCCACCACAUCAACAAAGAGCGACUUUUCAGUCGACGAGACUUCCCCUUGUCAAUCCCUGGCUGUACAACACAAGCAAUUGGGGGAGGGGCUUUUUCAAUGAGUCAGAUCCGUGGCGGGUGUCCACCAAAGCCUGUGAUCUUAAGUAAGACUGUGCCCUUGAAAGUUUGUCCCGGUCAAGAAAUUAGUCCCUCUGACAACUCUGUGGAGCAGGGGAAGAGCCAUGAAGCAAAAAGUGAGAAGGAUAUAGAAAAAUCAGAAAAAGGCCCUGUAAAAGAGUGUUUGGGAGAGUCUGAACAACAGGCAACUGAAGAACUUAAAUCAUCAGAACUGUGUGCUCCUCAAGUCAACACAGAUCAAUUGCCUCUUGCUAGUAAAGAAAAAACAAGCUCUAUUACCUCAGAAGGUGUCCAGGAAAAAGAUUCUGGUACAGUUACCCUAGAAACUACCAGUAUAGCCUUACCGGUUCUCUUGCCUGUGGAUAGAACUGCAUCUGCAAAAAUUUGUUCAACAAAUAUGUGCCAAGAUGCCGAGAAUGCCUCAAGUGAGACCACUAAGCCUUCAAGUUCAAAGGGCCUUCUGCCAGCUUCUGACUUGUUCUGCACAUGUCCAGUACGACCAGAGCCUGGCCCACAGGUGCGUCUAAAAGAUCCACAGGCCCCAAAAGUGGUAGUGUUUCACUCGUCUCCCACAGACGAUGAGCGUCUCCGUGCCAAAGGACUUCAGUUAGCUAUCAACAAAGAGAACACAGAGAAGACAUCUGAUGCAAGCUUGGUGAAGCCCAGCACCCUGCCUCCUACUAAGUACUCACCAGUUAUGCCUGUUAAAGCAGAACAGAAAGAGAUGUCAGAGGCAAAGGCAGAGAACUCCCAGAGUAAAGCCCCUGUGGAACCACAGAAAACUCCUAAAAGUGUGCCUGUUCUGGUAGACCCAACACUCUUAGGUUGUGUGGAAAAGGGUGCAACUAUCCCAGGAGCCGACUACAAGAAACAGGCAAAUAACAAAGCCAAAUCCCAGCGUAGUACUCCAUUCCUGAGUUUUAGGAACUUAAUUUCAGCCACUUUCCCAGCACGUUUGCGCAGAGAGACAGAUGAGCGUCGUGCACAGCUUCAAAAAGUCAGGCAGUACGAGCUAGAGUUCCUGGAGGAGCUUCUAAAACCUAAAACAUCACAAGGAGAGUUCAUUCCACAGGGAUCCUCUCCUGUUCCAUCAUUUACCCCUUGUGCCUGCCAACUGCGCACAAGUCCUGUACAGAAAGUUCCUGGGAUCUCAAGAGAACAGCGACGCAGCUGCGACUGUAAGAGAAUGUGCCGCGGAAUGCGUCUCCCAGAUACAGCGGUUGGUUCUGCAACUGAUCAGAGAGGAAGAGAGAGGGCAAUCUCUAAAACACCCCCAGCAAUUCCGAAGUCUCCACAUGCUCAAGGAGAAUUACGCAAACCUCAAACUUUGGAAAUCAAAACCACUCGAAUCCGCUCCACAAGCCUUGAGUCUAGGGAACCCAGAGAUACACCUACAUCAUGCUUGCCUACUUGUACCACCCAUUCAGAAUGCAUGAGUGCGCCACAAUAUAAAAAGCUACAAAGGAGAUAUAGUAUAGGGGAGAUUGAUAAUAAUGGCAGCACUCCCCUAUAUGCUGAGGUUAAAACUACAAAAGCAAAGAGCCUUGAGAAAGAAAUGGAAAGAGUGAGGGCCACUGGACUUAGACUUCCAACUCCAGUGGAGCCUGUACAUACUAAAGAUGGGGAUGCAAAGAAAAAAGGGAUAUUUUUUAUUCAGGGAGAUGAGCUAAUUCAGGAAAGCCGUGAGGGUACUGCUGAGGUUCUAGGGUUGCCAAGUGAGGAUACUGAGGACAGAGAAAAAUGUUGCUCUUUCUGCUUCUGUUAUCGCAAAUGUGAAGCUGCUGAUGAGAGCAGUGAAAAAGACGAACUGUCUUAUUCCAUCCCCUUGCAGGUCUUGCCUGGAAUGCAUGUAGAUUCAAGGGCAAUGCCAGUAGUCAGCAAAACUCUUCAGGUACUUCAUGCAGAGGAUUGCAGUGGGGAAGAGGAGGAGGAGGAGGAGGAGGAAGAAGAAGAAGAGGAGCCACAAACACAGAGGAUUGAUCUGCGGGCCUGCGGGAACCUGGAAACUAGCUUGGCAAGAGUACAAUCCUUGCAGGGCAAAAUAUUCUCGCUACCUGAUGGAUUCCUAAACGCACAACUUGAUGCCAAUGAGCUGCUCUCAAUUUUAAGGCAGUGUGCCAUUAGUCCCCAAAUAGAGGGGGAACCUCGUAUCCCCCCUGCAAGACUGGCAGAGUACAAGCAAGAACUUGCAGUCCGUUUUAAAGAGUUCAGGGCAUCAUGUAGACGAGUGGCAAGUGUUGAGAAAAGUCCCUCACGAAUGCUAAGUGCCGUCACAGCUAGCUUCCAGGUGCUGUGUAACCUUACUCAUACAUUCAUUCGGCUGGUCAGGAGUGUACGAUCUGAAACUCAAAAACUACAGCUUUUACGUAAGGUAGAGGAGGUAGCUGUCAACUACACCCUUCUUCUUCGGGCUGCUGAAGAGGCAAUGGGACAUUCUAGUAGCCUCCCUAAUAAGAGUGCAAGUCCUCAGCUCCACACAUCCACUAACAUGGGUUCUCUUAAUCGCUCCAUCAAAAACUUGCCCAGCAAGUAAUGACUCAUUUACACGGGAUUUUGGGGCAGGCCGGAAAGACAGCUGCUCAACACUCUGGCAGGAAUCUCUUCGGGUCAUUCAUUGGUUUACAUUUUUACUCGCCUUUCUUUUCACUGCCUGCUAAAUUCCAUAACCGCAUAACUAUCUACUGUUAUAUGUUUAUGAAGAUUGUGCCAACUUGUACUCACAAAGUAUCUUUGACAUUAUAUGUGCACAGAAUUAAAAAAAAAAAAAUACAACUGAUCCUGUGCAUUAUGGGUGAUCAACAGGGCUGUUCACUCUCUUGUCCUUAGAGAAAGGGUACUGUGAAAUGGACUUAGUUUUUGUAUGUUUAGUUGUUCCUAUAUCUAAAUCACAAAAUGACCUUGGGAAGGGCUGGUAGGGAUAGGGCCUUAGUUAUUUUGUGUCCUAAGAAUGGUUUCUAUAAUAUAUUAUGGGAAAAAUUAUAUUAUCACUAUUGCAAUUGCAAUUACUGUAGACAUUAUAGCUACAUAAUCUAAAAAAAUAAAAUCACAGAAAAAGUAAUGGUAACAGAUUUUGUAAAUUAGAUAGAGAGAGAAAUGGUAAUUUGUUAAUGUGCUUGCUUUUCAAUUUUGUUUGUUGUGACAUGAAAUACUCCCUUUUCACAAUAUCAUAUUCACAAUGUCUGGAUUUGUAUCUCUGCAAGGGUCUGAAUUGACACUUUUUUAAAUGAAUAUUUAUGAACACAAGAGCCCACUAACAAGAUAGAGGAAGGAAACACCUGCCCAGGGUAGACAAUGUAGCAAAUUCAAAUUCACCAGAAUAUUAAUUGAAAGGAUACAGUGGUUGAUCUAAGACCAAAAUGAAAAAGGGCGCUCCUGUUUUCUAAUGCACAAAAAAUAAAUAAAUAAAUAAAUUUUCACUCUCACACCCACAUAGUCAUCCAGCUCCAUACCUCAUACAUGUAGAGGCAAAACGUAUUUUUUUGUAUUGGAGGAGUGGGCUGGGUUCUUAAUAGCCUCAUAAUUUUGUGCAAUCACUAAGCAAAUGCUUGCGUAUAUAAUAUUUUUUUUUUCCACAUAUAGCAUAUACAAGUACACAGAUAACCAAUGUUUCACAAUAUUUUUUUGAUUAUUGCUUUAAUGUUUUUCUUCUCUCCCAUAAUUUGAAAUGUCUUAUUGUAGGAAACUUUAUUUUUUAAUUUUCAUGUGAUGUCAUUCAUUGUGCACUCCUGAGAACAUAAUCCCUCCACCCUCACCCUCACACACCCACACAGAAUAGUUUUAUAUGUAUUUUAAUAAAACCAACUGCUGUCUUA